AUGGAGGAUCCAACAGAAGUAGGAAAUUCCAAUCAUUCUACUUCCAUGUGUGGUAGCUAUGAGAAUUUACCAAACCAUGAAGUAGUUAUAGUCAUGGUUCCAUUUCUAGCUCAAGGCCAUCUCAAUCAACUUCUUCAACUUUCCUGUUUAAUCUCCUCAUUAUAUCAUCUUCCAGUUUAUUAUGUUGGCUCUGUCACACUUAACCGUCAAGCUCGCCUUCGAGCCAAUGCCUUAAAUCCUUCAGAUAUAGCCAAAAUUCACUUCCAUGACAUUCCCAUUCCUGAAUUUUCCUCACCUCCACCUGUCUUGAGAAAAUUCCCAUUACAUCAUAAGCCAUUAUGGGAUGCAUCUUUGCUUCAACGCGAUCCCAUUGCUUCCUUUUUACGAGAUAUCUCCUCCAAAUCAAGACGAGUCAUUGUUGUUCAUGAUUUAUUAAUGUCAUAUAGUGUUCAGGAUGUUUCUUCCUUGCCCAAUGUUGAAUCCAUAAUAUUUAAUUGCAUUUCAGCUUUCAAUUCGUACUGUUCUUCAUUCUUAUUUAGUGGAAUGUCUGUCCAACUUGGAGAAGAAUUGCUUAAAAAGCUACCGCCCCUUGAAGGAACGCUGCCUGAUGAAUUCAAUAGCUUUAUAGCUCUUCAGAGACUAUAUAUGGAUAUUAGAUCAGGUGAUAUCCAUAAUACAAGCAAUUUAAUUGAAGGCGAGUUUCUUGAUCUGCUGGCACAAGUAGAUAGUAAACAACAAUGGGUAAUUGGACCAAUUCUGCCUACUAAACUCAAUCAUAUCUCGAAUAGGAACAAUAUAUGUUUGGAAUGGCUGAACAAACAAUCUCCGAGAUCAGUUCUUUAUAUAUCAUUUGGAACAUCAACUACAUUUUCUGAUAGAGAAGUCAUGGAGCUCGCGAUGGGAUUAGAACAAAGCAAACAGAAGUUCAUAUGGAUGUUAAGAGAAGCUGAUAGAGGAGAUAUCUUUAUCGGGGAAGCUAGAAAAUUUGAGUUGCCAGAAGGAUUUGAGGAAAGAGUAAAAGGCGUCGGGUUAGUGUUGAGAGAAUGGGCACCACAACCCGAAAUCUUGGCACAUUCUUCCACAGGCGGGUUCAUGAGUCAUUGUGGCUGGAAUUCCUUCCUAGAGAGUAUUACUAUGGGGGUACCAAUAGCUGCUUGGCCUAUGCAUGGUGACCAGCCAAACAAUGGUUUCUUGGUGACGGAAAUGUUGAAAAUAGGCCUGAUUGUGAGAGAGUGGGACAAACACGAGGAGCUAGUUAGUGCAUCCACUAUUGAGAAUGUCGUGAGGAAGCUGAUGGCAUCAGAAGAAGGUGAUGCAAUUAGGAAAAGAGCAGAAGAAUUGGGAGAAGCCAUUAGGCGUUCCACAGAGAAGGGGGGUUCUUCUCGAAUAGAGUUGGAUUCUUUUAUAGCGCAUAUCACAAGAUAGACUUGCUUUUC